AUGGUUAUCAAAGUGUUUGUUGCCACAUCAUCUGGGUCCAUAGCGAUUAGAAAGAAACAGCAAGAAGUUGUGGGCUUUUUGGAAGCUAAUAAAAUCGAUUUUAAGGAGUUUGAUAUUGCUGGAGAUGAAGACAACAGGAAGUGGAUGAGAGAAAAUGUUCCUGGAGAGAAGAAACCUCAGAAUGGGAUUCCGCUGCCUCCUCAGAUCUUUAAUGAGGAGCAGUAUUGUGGGGAUUUUGACUCUUUCUUCUCUGCAAAAGAAGAGAAUAUUAUUUAUUCCUUCCUUGGCUUGGCUCCCCCUCCAGGCUCAAAGGUGACAAAGUCGCCUGAGGAAGCAUCUUCCCUUCCUGAUGGUGAUGUGGCAGGAGAGGCUCAGAGCACCACAGAGGGAACAGAGAAGGCUGAAGAAAGUGGAGAACAAAAAGAGGGUGAUGAAGAUGUGGGUGACCUUGCCGGAUCCCAAGAGAAGAAUGAAGAAGAGGGAGAGACAGCAGCGGAAGAGUCAAAAGGAGUAACCGCAGAGGGAGCAGAAGGGGAAGCCGAGGGAGAGGAAGCUGAAGAAGAAGAGGAACCAGGAGAAGAAGAAGGAGAAGGAGAUGAGGAAGAGGAGUCUUAG